AUAAUAUUUUGCAAUAUUAGAAUCCGGAUAUCUUAACUAGAAUGUUUCUUUUGAUUAUCAUGAUUUCUGUGUUUGUGCGCGAAUCCGUGCAGACAGUGAAAUAUUCAUAUGGAAUGAACAGUGUUAAUAGAAUGCAAGCGAUAAGUCGUUGGGGUUGUAUUUUUUUCGGGCAGUAAUUUUCGGAGACUUACGAAUAACGCAUUGACUGUUUGUAAACAUUGUGAACAACUGUGAAUUUUUUGAUGAAUGCCAAGCCGCUAUUUAUAUAAUUUUCUCAAAAAAUUCAUGACCGACAAAUUCCUUGACGUUUCUAUUAUCAGAAGAAGCAACCAAUUCAUCGGAAGUUUUGGAAUCUCUUUCAGUGUCUAGCAGUAGUAGUAGUAGCAGCAGCAGCAUUGUAAGACCAUUGCACGAGAUUUCAUGGUUCUUGUGAUAAACGUAAUACGAGGAUGGUUGAUAUAACAAGCUAACUGGCAAGUUGCACUUCUGCACUAUCAAGUGUGGAUAGUGUGCUGCCGGUUAUUGGCACUGGAAGUGACUGUUCUUGAGCAGCCUCCACCAGUAAUACAACCAGGACAACAGUGCCACCUUCACGGCAUACUGUAAUUAUGCCUCAGUUGGGUACACAAACAAAGAAUACGACGCCUGCAACAGAAGAAUCAGGCCAGGUGCUCACAAAGGCACGUUUGCAAGACCUUGUAAAAGAAUUUGAUCCCAAUGAACAACUAGAUGAAGAAGUGGAAGAUGUCUUGCUUGAAAUUGCAGAUGAUUUUGUGGAAUCAGCUGUAACAGCUGCAUGUAUGUUAGCUAAACAUAGGAAAGCUAAUACAAUUGAAGUUAAGGAUGUUCAACUCUAUUUAGAGAGAGACUGGAAUAUGUGGCAGCCAGGUUUCGGUAUGGAAGAGCUUCGUCCGUACAAGCGGACGGCUGUGACAGAGGCACACAAACAGAGACUGGCACUAAUACGUAAAGCUGUAAAAAAAUAUUAAAUUUAUGUGUAGUGCAGUGCUAAUUAUUUUAUUCAUAAAUGAAUGUCAUUAAUGCUUAAACUUAUAUCCUUUAAAUUUCCUGUUGUGCUGUCUAUAACUUCAUUUAUUUUUAUCAUGGACGUAGCAGAAUAUUGAAAUGGUAAUGUUCUCCUCACAGUAUUUUUCAUCUUAUUCUAAGCAUCCUUGCUUCUAAAUUACAGGUACAAAUGAUGUACCCACUACAUUCUCUUAUGUUCAUUCCCAGUUAGAUCAUAGGUAUGAAGAUUUCGUACUGAUAUACUGCUUUCAUAUGUGGCAUCCUAUUUCUACCAGUGGUUGUUAGUGAUUUCAGUAUUUACUUGUUUACUGUCACUUACAGCAGAUCGUAAGUUUUUCAAUGUGUUGCACAUACUUUUCACACUCCAACCAAAUAAUGUCAUGAGAAAAGAACUGGAUUAUUCUUCUGCAUAGUGUUCAUUUAUCAGUUUGGAAAUGCCAUUGCUCUGACUUUGGAUUUCCUCUGGUAACACCUGCUGUCCAUGUUUCAGCUUUCAUUUGUUUCAGGUCUGUUCCCAUGUGUUGCCCUUCUAUUAAAAAAUAGUUUCAAUUAGAUAAGUCGAAGUCCUGUUGUGCAGGGUUUCCGCAGUUACUUUCACUUCCAUUUAAUAAGUACCUCCAUGCUAGAACACUGCAUCCACAUGUCAAAGUGAAGUGAGUGGCAUUCAUUACCCAUUUCUCACUAACAAAGCUGCAUGGUCUCCUUUACCCUCACUUGAGCGAACACUUGUCAACUGUGACUUGGCUGGUAUGUGGCCCCUUCCAUGUGGCUAAGAAAACAUGGCAGUUAACUUUGUCACAACACAGUGUGGGGCAUAGAGGAAGAGAAUUUCCUGUUGUUCAUAAUGAUUGGUUUUUAUAGCAUAUUCAGAUAUAAUCAUCAAUACUGUUUUGAAGUCAGCAUGCUCCCACAUGCUUGUAUUUUGUCUUUAAUUUCUUACUGGUCAUCGUAAUAUCACUAUCCCCUCCCUCCCCCCAAACCCACGCAGACACAUACGCGCACGCUUACACUCAAACAAACACACACACACACACACACACACACACACACACACACACAGAGAGAGAGAGAGAGAGAGAGAGAGAGAGAGAGAG